UGAAUGGUUUAUCUCCAUCUCCCAUUCUAUCCUGCCAUCUUUUCCCCUCUUGAUCCUUCUUUGCUGUGUGUGAUACUCCCAAUCUGAUAGGGAAUUUUGUACAGUUGCAUAUCAUCGUCAUAUUUAUUCUCCACAGUGUUUACUCCAGCAUGGUCUCCUCCAACGCCCCCUUCAGGCCAUCGCCAUUAUCAUUUGGCUCCCCUCGACCCUCCCCUUUUCGCCGUCCUUCCACGCCCAACUCCCCUCCUCAGGGCCGUUCAAGCACCCCCGGCAGUUCCCCCGGUCGCGGAUACACCCCGGUCCAGUCUCCGAGCAAACUCAAGGAAUCAUACACAGUCGAGGAAGAUGACGGUUCAUCGCCCAAAAGCAAGCCCAGGAGUCCCAUUGCGCAGCCCCGAUUCACACGAGAGGCGCCCCCCUCGCCGACGAGGGGCGCCAAUGCCCCGGAUUCGUCGCCGUCGUUGAUGGAAGCCAAAGCCACGAACAUGAUGGCGGCGUCAUCUGAUGCAGCAGCCAAACUUCCCCCGGCACAACUGCGGGAAAUCAGAGAAGCCUUCCAAGUCCUGGACCGAGAUAACGAUGGUUUGGUAGAUAAGGACGAUGUGGCGGAUGUGCUUACGAACGUGGGCCAAGACCCGACUGCCAUUUCCAAGUUCUUCCCUCUGGGAGGUCCCCAGACUAUGAAUUUCCCCACCUUUCUCAAUACCCUCUCACAGCUGCUCGCCCCUCUUUCUUCCCGCCAAGAGCUCAUGAAUGCCCUAGCGGCCUUCGACGAGGACGAUAGCGGUCAGAUCGAUGUCGACGAGCUGCGCGAUGCUCUCUUACAUACAGCGUCCGAGGACGGAGACCAUCCACUAAGCGACCGGGAGAUCAAUGAGGUACUCAGUGGGUUUACGGGGCGCCGAGCAUUUGGUGGGAAAGGUGCUCGGGCAACGGGCGGAGGAAAGAGGGGGGAGGUAUUCCGAUACCAGGACUUUGUCAGUGGAAUCAUGGGAGGGACAGAGAAUGGAUCGACGAAUCGCCGCGACGCCUAGUAGAUAGCCGCAACGGCGGAGUGGGAAUUAUUGCUUAUAGUUCGGUAACGGCGUUCGGAUGAGGAGGGAUACCGAUAGUUAGGGAACCCGACUGGCUCUGGCAGCCAUUGACCUGCAAUUUU